AUGAAGGACGAAAAUUUUCAUAUUUUAACAAAACAUUUUGGAAAGGAAGAAUGUGAACUGCUACGCCGCAAGGGCGUGUAUCCUUAUGAGUAUAUGUCAUCCUUCAAAAAAUUUGAAGAAACAUGUUUACCACCGAAAGAGGAAUUUUACAGUGUUCUCGGGGAGGAACACAUUUCUGAUGAAGAUUACUCCCAUGCAUUAAAUGUAUGGGAGACUUUUAAACUCCGUACUUUAGGAGACUAUCACAAUUUGUAUGUUAAAUCGGAUGUUCUUCUUUUAGCAGAUGUGUUUGAAAACUUUCGAAAUUUAUGUAUGAAAAAUUAUGAGCUGGACUGUGCUCACGUUAUGACGUCACCGGGGCUAGCGUGGCAGGCGUGUUUAAAAAUGACUAGAAUUCAAUUAGAGCUUCUGACAGAUCUGGACAUGCACCUGUUCAUCGAAAGAGGUAUUCGUGGAGGUAUUUCCAUGAUAUCUCACCGAUGGGCAGAAGCUAACAAUAAAUAUUUACCCCAUUAUGAUCCAGGCAAACCAUCCAGUUACAUUAUAUAUCUGGAUGCAAAUAAUUUAUAUGGAUGGGCUAUGUCUCAACCCCUGCCUUAUGGAGGAUUUCAAUGGAUCUCACCCUCUGCCAUUGAUAUAGAAGCCAUUUUAUCAUCCCCUGAAGAUGGAGCUGUCGGCUAUAUUUUAGAAGUGGAUAUGGCAUACCCUCAGGAACUGCAUGACUUACACAAUGAUUAUCCUUUAGCUCCGGAGAAGUGCUUUUUCAAAUUGAUGAAUAAUUCAGUGUAUGGCAAAACAAUGGAAAACGUACGAAAUAGGGUGGAUAUCCAAAUUGUUAAUAAUGUAAGAAAGGCACAAAGACUCGUCGCGGCUCCAUCUUUCAAGGAAUUUAGAAUCUUUGAUGAAGAUUUAGUAGGCAUUCAACGUAUGAAAAAUGUCAUUACAUUGAAUCGGCCUAUUUAUGUGGGUUUUGCUAUUUUGGAACUGAGCAAGCUGCACAUGUAUAAGUUUCAUUACGAACACAUGAAGCAAAACUACGGAUCGAAAGCUGAACUCUUUUUCACCGACACAGAUUCAUUGACUUAUUCUGUGCAAACAGAGGACGUUUAUAAGGAUAUGAGUCGACAUUUAGAUUUGUAUGAUACGUCCGAGUAUCCGAAGGAGCACCCUCUCUACAGCGAGAAGAAUAAAAAGAGAAUUGGCUGCUUUAAAGACGAAUUGAAUGGAGCACCUGUUUACGAGUUCGUCGGACUAAAAGCUAAAAUGUAUUCUUUGCUGACUCCCUGUGGAGAGAAGAAAACGGCGAAAGGGGUGAGCAGAACGGUGUUAAGAAAGCAUAUUAAGCAUAUAAACUACAAAGAAUGUCUGUUCAAUGAGACACGAUCGCGAGAUAUGCAGUAUCUAAUUGGUAGUGAGAGUCAUAGACUAUUCACUAUGGAAGUCAACAAAGUGACUUUGACGCCCUAUGACGAUAAGCGCUAUCUAUUAGAUAGUGUGAACAGCUAUGCUUAUGGGCAUUAUGCUAUUUAAUUUUUUUAUGUAUUUAAUCUAUUACAUUUAAUUUUCUUCUUCGUAAUUUGAGAUUAUUUAGCGUAGUU